AUGUCUUACAAAUGGAUGAUGGAUGCCGCGACUGGGGAACAGGUCGAGCCUAACGACCUCGCUCAGCGAAUGCUGCUUCUUAGCGUCACAUCUAUUCACACCACCACUUUGACAAUGACACAACCGAUGACAGUCACCCUCUCAAACGGCAUUCAUCUGCCCGUUGGAACUCGCCUUGCGGUGCCUUUAAACGAAAUCCUGCAGGAUCCUGCCAAGGUUCCCGGUGUUGAUCCCUCUGCUUAUGAUGCUAUCCGGUACUCCCGCAUCCGUGAGAAGCAAGACAAUCCUGCAAAUGCACAAAAAUACCCCAUGGCGAAGACCGAUAUCGACAAUCUCGCAUUCGGGGAUGGUAAGGUUGCGUGCCCGGGUCGGUUCUACGCUGUCAAUGAGAUGGAAAUGAUCCUCGCACGCAUGUUGAUCUGCUUUGAAUUCAUAUUCCCGGAGGGCCAAGGGAGAGCACAGAGCGUCACUAUCGAUUUAGACUUGUAUCCGGACCUUCUUACGCGCUUGUUGAGUCGGAAGCGAAAUGCAAUCGAGGAUGGGAUAGAGGAACUCGUGGAAGCUCAUUGA